UUUUUUCAAAGCAGACACUCGGUGUAUGUAUGUGUGGCCGGGGAACAGAAGGCGUGUCGACAAUACAAUGCCGUACUCAACGGUGCCCAUAAAUUCAAUAAUGACGCAAGUUAGCCCACCCAGCACAAUACGCCGGCUGGCACUGGAGCGUACUUAUUGAUAUACGGACCUCCGACGCGACGCGUUGUUUAUGGCGGUCCUUCUGCGUAGCGUACAAUGAGCCAAAAAAACGCACGAACUGAGAGCAGGAGCUUUCCAUGGUGCUGAACAAUUAGCCAUUGCACGAGACGAAAACGCGUUAGCAGUAUUGGAGGAAAUUAGCGUUCAUAAGAUGUUCGCUCACGUUUAUUGCAUAUAACUUUGCAAAUAUGGAACUGUUUCGUUCUUUUAUCCGACAAUAAAGUAAUUCUUUAGCGUUUUAUGGAAAUACAUUUGCGUUAAAUAAGUAGGCCUACUGUAUUACAAACGUUUCUUAAAUAUAUGACGAAAUUCGAAACCGCACGUUCGUAAAUGCUUCAGCAAUCGAGCGGUCACAGCUAAAAUAUUGACCGCUACCAAAGCCACGAUCGUUUAACUACCGUCGGUGAUUGUGGAGUUGUCACAAGGCUGUGCUGCAAUAGCUGGAUAUCGAACACCAUGAUGUGCGACCGAAGAAGAGUUGCAAAGCAAUGAUGUCAUAGUUUUAAGUAGGAGCCACGGGAGAGCAUAUGGUUUGUACCCGCUGCCGAAAGGAAGUGUUGCUUUGUUAUGAGCAGGCGGCGCUGUAGCUGGCGGAAGAGGAGGUCGCCCAGCCCAGUGUCUCUUCGCCUGGAAUAGAGAAGCCGAGGAGACGACGCGAACAGGGAGGCGAACACGAACAAGACAAAGCUGCUACAAUGGCCGCUAAAUCCGACGGGGUGCUAAAGAUGAAGAAGAGCGAUGUAGCAUUCACGCCUUUGCAAAAUUCGGAUCACUCGGGUUCGGUUCAAGGGCUCGCUCCGGGAUCGCAGCCGGAUUCUGGAACCGGAGAGGCGGACUUCGUCAACGGGGAGUCGCGUUGCUGUGGCUCCAAUUCGACGUGCCUGCGCCUCGGCAGGGAGCAGCAGAAAUACACGGUUUGGGACUGUCUGUGGAUCAUCGCCGCAGUGGCGGUGUAUUUCGCUGAUGUGGGCACAGAUAUUUGGCUAUCGGCCGACUAUUACCUCCGCCGCGACUACUGGUGGUUCGGACUUACGUUGUUUUUCGUGGUGCUCGGCUCGUUCUCCGUCCAAGUCUUCAGCUUCAGAUGGUUCGUCCAUGAUUUCAGCACCGAGGAGAGCUCCGGCGGCGCCGCGGCCAGCUGCUCGCACAUGGACGGGAAGCUGCUUAGCUGCUCCGCUUCGCACGGAGACGUCGGAGCCCACCCGACUACACCUCAAAGACAAGCAUCCACAGCCAGCAAGAGCAACACCACGACCAACAGCAGCAACAGCGCUACCGCAGCCCGGACUAGUAAGACACGCUCGGCGUCCUGUUCCCUCUGUAUCUGGCUGUUGCAGUCCGUCAUUCACAUCUUGCAACUCGGACAGAUCUGGAGGUACUUCCACACCAUCUACCUGGGCAUCAGGAGCAGGCAGAGCGGAGAAAAUGACCGCUGGAGAUUUUACUGGAGGAUGGUGUACGAGUACGCCGACGUCAGCAUGCUCCACCUGCUGGCUACGUUCCUGGAGAGCGCCCCUCAACUUGUGCUCCAACUCUGCAUCAUCAUACAGACCCACAAGCUCCAGGCUGUACAAGGAAUGACUGCGGCUGCUUCUCUGGUAUCAUUGGCCUGGGCUCUGGCCUCCUACCAGAAAGCCUUACGUGACUCCCGUGAUGACAAGAAGCCCAUCAGCUACCUUGCGGUCAUCAUUCAGUUCUGCUGGCAUUUCUUCACCAUCGCAGCUCGGGUGGUGACAUUCGCUCUCUUCGCCUCCGUCUUUCAGCUCUACUUCGGCAUUUUCAUCGUGCUGCACUGGUGCAUCAUGACCUUCUGGAUCGUGCACUGCGAGACCGAGUUCUGCAUCACCAAGUGGGAAGAAAUCGUCUUCGACAUGGUGGUGGGCAUCAUCUACAUCUUCAGCUGGUUCAACGUGAAGGAGGGUCGCACCCGCUGCCGUCUCUUCAUCUACUACUUCAUGAUCCUGCUGGAGAACACGGCCCUGAGCACGCUGUGGUACCUGUACCGCUCGCCGGCCAGCACGGACGCCUUCGCCGUGCCCGCUCUUUGCGUCAUCUUCUCCAGCUUCUUCACCGGCAUUGUUUUCAUGCUCAUGUACUACACUUUCUUUCAUCCCAACGGUCCGCGCUUUGGUCGCUCUGCCAGUCUGGUCCAGCUUGAGGACCCCACCGCCACCUUCGCGCUGCCCCCCGAGGGCGCCACCAAUUCCCUGCGCUCCAACCGCGGAGGCACGCUGGCUAAGGACGCUGAACGCGAGGGCAAGUACAGCGAGCGGGACGGUUGCGUACCUGUCUUUCAGGUGCGUCCCACCGCCCCCUCCACACCCUCUUCUCGUGCCCCGCGCCUGGAGGAGACGGUCAUUAAAAUAGACUUGUGCAGGAAUCGCUACCCUGCCUGGGAGAGGCACGUGUUGGACAGGAGUAUACGGAAAGCCAUCCUGGCCAUCGACUCGUCCCCCAACCCGCCCCGCCUCCAGUAUAAAGAUGACACACUCGUUCAAGAGCGUCUGGAGUAUGAGACCACAUUGUAGCCUGCACUGUGGAGACACAGAAACACACAAAUAAACACUACACAGAUGACCAUCCACUUGAAUAAACAGCAGGACUGUGGCAAUAAAGUUCAUAGCGCUCCAUGUGGAGCAAAUAGCAUCUAGCCAUGAUGUUGAUUGUCAUGAACAAACAAAUACAGGCACAACGUAUGGAUGGAAAGAAUCUUUUUUAAGACGUUCUCUUUUUUUUGGUUACCGUAACGUUUUCUUUUUUUAUUACUUCUGUCUUGUCAGGGAAUAUUUGGGUUUUUAAGAAGUCAUUGUGCUGGCUGACCACUCAACACUCCUCAGAACUUUGUUUCAGAGCCAGGCUUGCGUUAUAGCAUCUCCACACGGCAGUGUAAUGGAGAAGACACUUGCAAAGUUUGUUUCUUGUUAAUUCACAAUAGUGCAAAUGAACAAAGCCUUGAAACUGGCUGUUUUAUUAUUCCAUUAUUCCGACACAGUACGUCUACCUAUCGCACUGGAACGACAGUGGUCCAGAAUUCAUGUCGGUGGUACACACUUAAGAAAAUUGCUGAUUAGAUCCACGAGUCUCUUCGCUAGGGUGCUGAAUUCUUUUAGUUUCAUCAGCAGUUCUCUACCAGUGCCAAACGUUGUGUUCACAAUGACUCUGAACUGUGGGUCUCCACCGCAAACUGUAAAUAUAAACAGGGCAGCAUUUCAACCAUCUACUUGAAUCCUGUACAAAGUAAAAAAAGAGAACAGAAAAGAGUAGUAUGUGAUCACCACAACACGCGCAAUUGAAGCCACUUGGGGCAGCGAGAACACAAGAUUGUUUUCUUCUAUUGAGGAGAAGGCAAUAGGCCAAGAAAACACUUCCUGGCAGCUCCCAUUGGCAAUCCAGCCUCAUUCACCUCAGUGCUGUGGGCUGAUAAGGAUCUGUCUGCAAACACACGUGUACUGAGAGAGUGAGGGACACAACAAUCCACAGCCGCCGCCAAACUGCACUCAACAGAGCCGGGAUGCACUUCAUCCUCUGGGUUAAAGAUACAGUGUUCUUACAGGCUGGGUCAGGUGUUCGUGAGCCGUAUAUCUUCCAGUAAAGCACGUGUAGAGAAAAGGGGUCACCUUUCAUCAUCCCAGAAUGCAUCUGGAAAGCCAUGGAAGUGUGCUGCUCAAAACCCUACAGACCUUUUUUGUCUUCAAUUUCCAAAACAGCCUUGAGAAAGGAGCACAGAUGCUCCAGGCCCGUUCCACAAUAUCCGGCUAAAAGAACACAGUAUCUUUAAAUCUGCCAAAUGCAUCCUUUAUACAUGAAAGUGUUGGAGUUUUAAACUGUCUUAAGUUGAUACUUUGUGUCUAUGUAGAAUUUCUGAAGUCAUUUAUGAAGGUGGUAGCGAAAAACAAGCACAAGUCGUGUCACAGGAAGGAAUUUCAGCACAAUGAAUGAAUUUGGUUAUUGGCUACGCUUAUGAGACACAAAUCGACAGAAUAAUUCACAGUGACAAAAGCUAGAUGUGCCUGUUGUGGAUUGUUUUUUGGAAUGCUUUGUGUGUGACAUCCUGUCUGACAUUUUAAAAUCAUGAUGUUCUUUUAGUUACGGAUUCAAACGUGUCUUACAACAUAGUUGCUUUUGCUUAAUGCCAUUAAGACUUUUGAGAUGACUGGUAUAAGAUGUUAAGAUCUGUUUUACUUAUCAUGGUUGAGUUAUAUUGAGCUUAGUUUUUUCAUCCACUGCAGAUAAACAUGCAGACAAACAUCCUAAUUGCGUUGCAAAUAAUAUAAAAAGAACACAGAAAAGAAAAAAAUAAGUACAAUUUAGAUGAGCUCUUUUGAGUCUAUAACGAAUACCACAGUGAAAUGUAGACCUUUGUAAAGCUAUUUAGCUACUUUCCUAUUUUGUCAGCUUUUUUCCCAGCGUGUCUUAUACUUUCAUUUCUCAGCGUGAUGGAUGAUGAUGAUGCUUUGUCUUUGGGCCAUUUUUUCCAAACAGCCUCUGUAAGAGUCCUCUGUAAUCAGAGCACAAAACACUCGUCUUAGCACACUAAUUAGACAACUUCCAGAUUCACCACCUACAUAAGACCAAUCUGAGGGAAGACAAGUGAUUUACGACCUCUGUAAUAUAACAUUUUCAUGUUUUUCUCAUGAUAGUUUUCCUCUCUUUUUGGGAUGCAAUACAUGCCUAUGUUUAUCCCAGACUGCACUGCAUCCACGGUUUGGUAUUGUGAUUAAAGGGAUAGUUCACCCAAAAAUAAAAUUCUUCAUCAUUUACUCACCCUCUUGUCAUUUCAAACCCAUAUGAUUUCACAAAAGAAGAUAUUUUGAAGAAUGUUGGUAACCAAACCAAUGGCGGUAUCCAUUCACUUCUAUUGUAUGGAAACAAAACCAAUGCAAGUCAAUGGGUACAGCUGUUGUGCAGUUACAAACAUUCUUCAAAAUAUCUUCAUUUCUGUUCUGCAGAAGAAAGAUAGUCAUACAGGUUUGAAAUGACAUGAGGGUGAGUAAAUAAUGACAGAAAUGUCAUUUUUGUGUUAACUAUCCCUUUAAGGGGCAACAUUAGAUAUCUUGAGUCAUGCCAUUGGGUUGUCAUGGCUCUCAAAAGAAGAUUUCUGGAGUUUGUUUUUACUCAUCCAGCAUUUACCAGGUGCAAGGCCUCCAUCAUUUUUUCAUGUUGAAAUACGCCAUGAAUUUAAAACUCGUGAUGCAACGAGAUGUGUUCAGCGCAUAGAGUGAAUCAAGGUAUUAAAGAUUUAUCGCCCAAAAGAAGUGCAGGAUUUAGGUUUUGAGAUGUCUGAACACUGUAUGGUCAGAAAUAUGUAUGGUUCAAAAUUGAUUCUUUUUUUUUAAAUCUAAUCGUACAUUUUAUUGUUUAAAGAAGUGAAUUGUUUAACACGGGGUGGUGGAAAGUCAAUUUAAGCUAAUCAUAACAUUACAGCAAAACUAUGUCUCUUUAUUUUUGCACUUCUAUCUCCAUUUUUGGGGGGGGUUGUAUUAAAAAAGCCUUUUUAUUUAAGCAUCAAGCAUUCCUCCACUCUGGAAAGAUUUAAUUCAUACCUAUAACCUACCUCAAAACGAUAUCUUAAACAGAACACUCUCCACUUCUAGUUGAUGUGGGUAUGAGGGAUUUUAUUGCAAUGGUGAUCCACAGGUUUCAGUGGAAGAGUUGAAGGCUGUUCUGUUUAUUACCAUCAGUAGAUAUGAGCUCUGAACUACACACUUCUAGUACAACUACACACACCGCAGCCAGGGAGAACAUUAAAUUCAUGUUGCAUUCAUGCAAGCUAAUUCUCUUUUAUUUGCCUUAAACAACCUUCGCCUUUUUAUGGAUUCAUUAUUCAUAAGGGACAUGUUCUGUUUCUUUUUCCUGAUUUGUCUGUAUGGUAGGCAUGAUGCACUGAUGUAACUGUCAUGAUAGGAGGAAGUUGAAUUAUGGAUAUUUGUGCUUUGGAAACGGUUUAGUGUAGUUACUGUGCUAUAUACUGCGAGUAAACAAAUACAGAAGUCAGGCUAAAAUGAAAUUACAUAUGCAGACAAACAAUCAAAAUGACAACCCAAACUUUUGGUGUACUAUUGAUAUCUUGCGUCAUCAUGGGCCGGACUGUUACAAGAUUGUGAGCUUUUCGAACUGAGUGUUCUGAACAACGUGGCACUUGUUUCUUUGACUGAGUUCCAUGCCGUUGUACGUCAGAGCAGAUUUCUGAUGUUUCUUUUGUCAAAAAAACAAAAACGACGGUCCUCUCGCACUUGUAGAUAUAGAUGCUUAGAUGAACUAGAAUGCCAUAGAUGUGAGGGGGUAAGAAGUAGAGCAUUUAGAUAAUGGGUGGUAAUAAAUAAAGCACGAUCUUAGUACAAGCACAGUAAUUUAAUUUUAAUGUGGCAUUAAAGAUGGCGUUCAGUCGAACAAUGUACAGACGUUACUGGUAUUUCAGUUGCAACAGAAGUUCCAUAGUGAAUCUCAAAAAGCUAUUUAACUGUAAAUAAAUGUAUGCAAAUGUACAUGUGUAAAAGAACAUUCCUCUCCGAGUCCCGAUUGUGAAGGGUGUCUAUUGACUAGAGAUUGGCGCCACGAGAUGGCAGUUACAUAUGAAUACAGGUAAACCUAGUGUGGUGUAUGUGAUGUAUUAACUGACAUAAAAAGCAAAAAACAAAAAAACUGUUUAUUAUCGGUCUCUUAAGUAAGUUGUAUUGUGUGAUGAAAGUCUGAAGUGCGUAAAAUGCAUCAAAUCUGUUAUCUAAUUUUAUUGUAAAUUGACGAGUGAAGCAAAAGAACGUUACAUUUUUGUACAUAUUGGAUUUUUGUAAAUUUUUAUUUGAUUCUAAUGCAACACAAAGUACCAAAUUCAUUUAAUAAAGUACACUGUGGUCAUU